AAUAUUAAAAAUUCUCAUUGACAUUUUGUGGUUAUGAUUAUCAGCUGUUACCUGUCAAAUUGGAUUUAACAUAUGAUUUUGUAUAAACAAUUCUGCGUUGCGAAAAUGUUAUCUUCUUAAACCGGACUUUUAAAUCAAAUGAGUAGAAGUUGAAAAGAAAAUGUGUAAUGCUACCAGAGACAUAAUGGAUUGUAUGUUCGAAGUUCGCCGGGAAGUGACUGGAGAACCUGACGAUAUCCCACAAACGGCGGAUCCCGUUUGGAUUUUAGGGAAAAAAUACAAAGCAAUUCAAGAAUUAAAUGCAAUUAGACAAGACAUUGUUUCAAAAUUAUGGUUUACGUAUAGAAGAGAUUUUGUUCCUAUUGGAGGCAGUGAUGGUAGAAUAUCAGAUAAAGGCUGGGGAUGUAUGCUAAGAUGUGGUCAAAUGGUUUUAGGACAAGCCCUCAUAUCUUUACAUUUAGGUCGAGAUUGGUUGUGGGAGCCAGAUAGCAGAGAUAAAACCUACCUUGAAAUCUUAAGAAAGUUUGAAGAUAAUAGGAAAGCACCAUUUUCAAUUCACCAAAUUGCUAGUAUGGGUGUGUCAGAAGGAAAAGAUAUAGGACAGUGGUUUGGACCUAACACAGUGGCACAAGUUUUAAAGAAGUUAAUAAAAUUUGACCAUGGCAAUUCCCUCGUGAUACAUGUAGCUUUAGAUAAUUUAGUCAUUAUAAGUGAAAUAAGAGAUUUAUGUAUAAAUGAUACGUCCAGCGACAUCACAGCUACAAAAUGGAAUCCCCUUCUACUCAUUGUGCCUUUAAGACUAGGGCUAUCAGAAAUAAAUAGCAUUUACGCGGAUGGCUUAAAGAAAUGUUUCCAAUUCAAACAGAGUCUUGGUGUGAUAGGCGGCAAACCGAACGUCGCCCUGUAUUUCAUCGGCUAUGUAGGAAGCGAAGUGAUUUAUUUAGAUCCUCACACUACACAAAAAGCCGGCACAGUGGGCAAUAAAGAGAGCGACGACGAAAAGGAAAUAGACUAUAGUUAUCACUGUAGAUUUGCCUCGAGAAUGAAUAUUUUAAAUAUGGAUCCCUCAGUAGCAGUGUGUUUCUUUUGUAAAACGGAAGCGGACUUCACAGAUCUCUGUCAAAAAGUUAAAGACGAAUUGAUAACUGCGGAAAACCAACCACUAUUCGAAAUCAGCUUCGAAAAACCAGCAGAAUGGCAGCCAAAAUUAGAUUUCAAUAUGGCAGCGCUGACCGAUCAAUCAGACGACCAAGACGAAUUCGAAAUUUUAUAGCUUUACUUUUAAAUCCCCAAUGUAUUAAGCCGCGUCUAGAUACAACGUUUUUCUUUAUGCUUUACCUGUUCAGUGAAAAAAACGGACGGUUUACUUAAAAUGACUCAAGAUGGAAGACUAGAUGGUCUUCCGUUUUAACCGACCGGCAAAACGUAAGGUAAAACGUUACGUCUGUACCGUGCUUUAGAAUCAAAAGACAUUUCUGUGAGUUAUGUGAUUGUAAAUAUUAAAUUAACUAAAUUCUUGAAUUAUUGACCACAGGUAUAUUAAAUUGUUUUGUAUUUUUACCGCCUGUGCUACUUAUUAAUUAUAUGCUUUUUAUAUAUAUUUGUGUUAAAAAACGUAUUUUAAAU